GAAAGCACCAGAUGAGUCUUUGGUGCUGGCUUGGCAGACUGGCAAGCCGGUCAAGUUCGACUGCAUCUACAACCACCAGAAAUGGAAGGCACGUGAGAUUGAGAUCAUGCCACCCACGUACCCGUCCACGACCUCGUCACGGUCAGCAAAGCUACAGCUGCGUGUGAAGCCAGGGUUCAGUGUGGAGCAGGGCCUGGUGGAGAUGACUUGUUUCUAUAUGAAGAAGCUACUGGGCUUGCUGGGGAUGAAGCUGCCGCAGCCGCCAACCGAAAUAAAGCUGGUGGAGGCAUUGGCAAAGCACCAGCUCGGUGACACGUACAGUGUGGAAAAGCUGCAGCAGAUCCUAGCACGCAGAAAAAAGUUCGACAAGGACGUCCUCGGCCUCGCAUCAACUACAUCCUCAGCACGGACUGUCCUCGAAAAGUUUGAUGAUGAGUUCUGGUCCUGGGAGGAAUGGGAGCUGGAGGAAGAGAUCUUCAAGGCGAGGAAGCAACGCCGCAGAGCAGAAGAAGACAUGGCAAA